AUGCCCUCGUUCACUCUCCGCGCGGUGGUGGCAGCGACUGUCCUCCUGGCCAGCACCUCAACGGCUUUCCCUCUCUUCAAACGCGAACCCCAAUGGUCCUUUGACCUGUUCUCUACCGCCGCAUGCAGCGAGACUGGCGAUCUCUACGCUGGCUCCGGUAGCACUGGAUGCCGAGCUGAUCUGAACAAUGAGGCUGCUGCGUAUCGAUUGAACACACUGUCCGCGGGCUGUACCAUCGAAUUUUACGACAACACUAUGUGCGACGAGAACUUUGCGUCUGGUGUGGCUGGCCCCAUUUCUGUGAACGAGUCCGCAGAUACCUGUCGCAUCCCGAGAUCAGAGCAGCGCUUCGGGUCCUACCAAGUGACCUGCCGCGACGCAACCGAGUUGAAGUGA